UUUCCGAGGCAUCUCUCCUGCAAGCAGCCACAAAUCCAGUCAGUGACAUGGAGCAGAGACCCCCAAGAGUGCCCAAGCUGGCCUGGGUAGAGGAGGAGGAAGAAGGUCCUGGAGCUGCCCCAGCACAGGAGACAGAAGAGGUGGUGCCACUCAAGCUGCCACAGGAGGGUGAGUGGCAGAGCUGGGCCACAGGACUGGUGCUUGCAGCCAGCUUGGCAUUAUUGCAUCCCACUGCAUCCCAUUCCCUGGAGACAUGCCCAUAGGAUGGAAGAGGGGCUGGGCAGACACCCCACAGCAGCCAUGCUCCAUCCCCUGGGGCAUCCCGGGGCUGUCCCUGCCUGGGCAGUGCAGGGCUGGGCUGUGUUCUCCGGCCUCUCCCGCAGCCCUUCAGCUCUGGCUGCACUCGCUCUUUGCCAGAUGCAGCCGUGGAGCGCACACAAGAGCAGGACCCUGCCCAUGGCCACUUCCGCAGAACAGCACAGGUAUCUGCAGCCAUCCCCACCUGAGCUGGGCCUGCUGUCACCAUGCUUGGAGCAUUCUGUGGAACAUUCCUGGCUUCUUGCCCUUCUUCUACAGCUGGUUUGCAAAUUCAUCAAGAGAAUUCGGGAGGAAGAGACCAGCACCAUGGGCACUGGGCUCAGAGCAUACUCGCCCAUCUUCAAAACCAAGACCAGUGCUGCCCUGCUGGAUAUGCUCGUAGAGGAGGGUUUUUCCAAUCCACAGCAAGUGCCCGCCAUGGUCAGGUACAUCCACCAGUGGCUCAUGGCCAAUCAGUUUGCAGAGCACAGGCUGAACAGGACACUGCUGGAUCUCACUGAAGACCAGCCCGCUGAUGUAGUCAUGACACUCCUGCGUGUGGCCCCAUCCUGUGACAGGGGCCUGUCCCCAUAG